GAGGUAAGAUCUACAUACUAAUGAAAGGACUAAACUUCUCUAUGCCCUGCCCUGAACGUGGUCACGACUUCCACUGGAAAAGUGGAAAUUUCAUGUGUGCAGUAACUAGUGCAAAAGAAUGUUUCGACUCAUGUCUCAAGGUUGGCUGUCGCGAAUGGUCGUUUACCAGCUUUAUGAGUAUUCGGGACACCACCCCUCGUAAACAUUACAGAUGUCGGUGUGUACCUGCUUACCGUCUCUGCACGUACAACGCAAUACCCAAGGCUUAUCGGGGCUACGAAAAUGCUUAA